AUGAACUCUCUCAAUAUCAUCUCCGCCCGCGUCUCGCCCCCCCCAAGUCCGGGCCCCUCCCGGUCCAACUCCCUCACUAGCAUAUCCCUCGCCGCACUCAACUCGGACGCCGAAGCCGACGAGACAACUGGCGUCGUUGCGGAUGCGCUGCGCAGCGAUGACGAAAGCGAACUGCCCCAGAGCCCUGCCAGCCCCGGGCUGCGCAGCCCACGACCUGCCUAUCUCGAGGCUGAUUUGGUGUCCGAGCCGGACGAGUUUGUCCUCGAUGAUGCGAUCAGCGAUGUGGUUAGUGAUGGGCGGCCGGCCGAGGAGGAAGACCUAGGAGAAGGAGAAGGAAGAGACAUGCCGGUUGACGAAAAGACCCCGUUGUUGUCCACGAGAGGAGGAGGAGGAGGAGGAGACUAUGACGGCACACACUUCGGCGAGGCUAAGGUUCUCAGCCCGGUUGACGAUCCCGCGUGGAUGGUAUAUCCAAAGCGCUUCGCCAAUGCGGUGAUGGACUCGAUUCGGUGGCUGUUGUCCGCUCUUACUGCGCCGGGGGUCUGGCUGUGGAUGAGUUUGUACGAUGAUACGGGGAAAUUUGCGCCGUUGUCGCAGAUCAGGAGGGUGCUGUUCUACAGGGAGGACGAUGAGCCUGAGCCGAGCUUAAAGAAGCCUGGGAAGGUCAAGCCCGGGGGGAGGAAGAAUCGUCGCCUCGCAAACACCGGCUCUACUUCCUCCAGUCUGUCCUCCGAAUCCGAAUCUGACCCUGACCGCCGCCGCCAGCGCCGGUCUGCUAGUGGCAAGCACCCGCGCACAAAGUCUGAUGCGGCAGGCGACGACAGCCCGCCUACCGGCCAGCGCUCCAUCCGUAUCAAGCUGCAAGCCGACGAGGCGCUGCGCCAGCGCAAGGCGAAUCGCAAGGCCCAGCAGUCGCGCUCCGCCUCUUCGUCGAACAAUGCUCCAGACGAGGCCACCGUCGCGGAUAUCUCCGCCCAACUCAAAUCCCCGACUUCCCCCUCUGGCGCCGGCCUCACCAAAUACCCCAAGACGCCCGCUCCUCCUCGCCCGCUCAUCCCCCGCCGCCAGCCGUCAUAUAUCAAGGGUCCUGAACCGCCUCUCGGACCGGGCGGUCGCCCGCAACACCAAAAGACCUUGAUCCUCGACCUCGACGAGACGCUCAUCCACAGCAUGUCCAAAGGCGGGCGUAUGUCCUCGGGCCACAUGGUCGAAGUGCGCUUGAACACCACGUACGUCGGGGUCGGCGGACAAGCCACCAUCGGCCCACAGCAUCCGAUUCUGUAUUAUGUCCACAAACGGCCUCAUUGCGACGAGUUUUUGCGGCGGGUGAGCAAGUGGUACAAUCUUGUGGUUUUCACAGCGUCAGUGCAGGAGUACGCCGAUCCGGUGAUUGAUUGGUUGGAGGCGGACCGCAAGUAUUUCAGCGCGAGGUACUACAGACAGCAUUACAACGCUAUCCCAAUACAGGGCUGGAUCUCCGACCCGACCGACAGCGACCUCAUGUAUUUGAUACCCUUUCUCGAGGGCAUGCAGUAUGUGUCGGAUGUGCGCGCCCUGCUGGGGCUGCGCGGGGGUGAGGAUGGAACACACAUUGCUUGA